AUGCUGCAAGAAAAGACUGCGACAGAAAGUGAAGAGAGCUAUCCAGCAGCUCAAGUGGAUGGACACCGGGAGCAUAACCUGCAGUCCCCAGGGCACGGAGCACCAGGGGCCAGCAGCACAUCUCCAGGCAGUCCACAGGGACAGGACCCUGAUCAGAGCAUAGAGAACAUCAAGGUUUAUCUCCAUGAAAAGGAACUUUGGAAGAAAUUUCACGAGGCGGGCACAGAAAUGAUCAUCACCAAGGCUGGCAGGCGAAUGUUUCCAAGUUACAAGGUGAAAGUUACAGGGAUGAAUCCGAAAACCAAGUACAUUCUGCUGAUCGACAUUGUUCCUGCAGAUGACCAUCGUUAUAAGUUCUGUGAUAACAAAUGGAUGGUGGCUGGGAAGGCAGAGCCCGCCAUGCCCGGGAGGCUGUACGUGCAUCCCGAUUCCCCGGCAACCGGAGCCCACUGGAUGCGGCAACUCGUCUCCUUCCAGAAACUGAAGCUGACCAACAAUCACCUGGACCCAUUUGGACAUAUCAUUUUGAAUUCCAUGCACAAGUACCAACCGAGACUCCACAUCGUGAAAGCAGAUGAAAAUAAUGCAUUUGGUUCAAAGAACACAGCCUUCUCUACCCACGUAUUCACAGAGACGACAUUCAUUUCAGUCACAUCAUACCAGAAUCACAAGAUUACCCAGCUGAAGAUUGAAAACAAUCCGUUUGCUAAGGGAUUCAGAGGUGGAGAUGACAGUGACUUGCGCGUAUCUCGUUUGCAGAGUAAAGAAUAUCCCGUCAUUUCUAAGAGCAUUGUUAGACAAAGACUUAUUUCAAACCACGGUCAAUUGACACCAAAGAUGGAAAGCAACUUGAGCCAUGGGACACAGGGUCAUCAGCACUACCCUUAUGACAACAAUGGACCAAUACAAAUAACGGCAUCGGGCACUCAGGAUCUGGCAAUCAGCCCAUUUGCACCUCAGAGAGAUUCAGGACUUAUCUAUCACUGUUUUAAACCACGAGAAGCCCAUGGUCACCCAGAUUUGCCCUGUAAACGACCCUUUCUGGAAGGGCCCGCUUCCCUUGCUGAUGAACAUUAUUUCCGUCCGCCACCUUAUGACCAGCAGGUGAUGAAUCCGCCGUAUCGGAAUGAACAAGAUUUAAGGGAUGCCUGUAUGUUUUCCGGCCCUGUGAACGACGUGCCUGGAGGGACCACGGUCGAGGAACAUCCUUCUCAAACGCUAAACUGCAAUAUGUGGGCGUCUGUUCCAUCCUAUGGUAACUGCAGCGUUCAGGCCAUGGAGACUGUCCCUUACCAGCAUUUCUCAGCCCACUUUACCACCACGGCCAUGAUGCCGCAUCUCUCCAGUCUCCCCGCACAGAGCUCACAGCCCCCGUGUGAGUCACAGUUUGGCGGCUACCACUCGCCGCCGCAGCAGCAGGUUCGACAGAGGGUGCCCAUUUCUUCUUGUUCACCGCGAGACAGAGUGCCCCUCUCCCCGCACGACAGGGUCCCACCUUCUCCCCAUGCUCAGAACUCUCGCGAGUUCCUUUUCUCACAAAGCCUAUCCUUACCGAGGGAGCUCCCUACCCAGUACCACUCUGGUCUGGGGUCCGUGGCAAACUGGACAGACAGCUGACUCAGAACGGUAUAAGGAAGCAGUAUUAGUAAGAAGGAUGCAGGAAAGGCCUGGGUUUCUCCUGCCGGGUAGCGGACCCAAAUCAGAAGCUUACCACAUGCCUCAAAAAAAGGUCCCUCAACAGGACUCCGCCACGUCAGAGAAACCGCCCAGAAUUGUUCUCCAAGGAUACUGCUUUUCUCGCUGUUUGUUUCAGAUGAUACGUUCCUUGCUGUAUGGUGAAUUCCCAAAACCAAUUGCAAAAAGGAUUCCUUCAAAUAAGUAUAAACCAAGAAAAACGUAAUGAACAAAUUCUACAGUAACCUCCUAUAGCGAUCUUCUAUCUGACUAAACUUAGAAAUCUAAGGGUUCUGCAAAGCAUUUUAUGUAUUAUGGACAGCAAUAAAAGACAACUAUGUGAUUAUAUCCAAUAGUGGAAUAUAUAAAUAACAAUAUAAUUUUUAAAAAUCAUCUAUCUAUGAAUAUUUUUGACUGUGAAUUCAAUGGCUGAAGCAGUGAUUAUUUUUGAAGAUUGUGUUUCUUUAAUCAGUUUGCUUAGGGUUGUACCCAACACAUCAUUUCCCAUUGGCAUACUUUAUUCCGUCAUCCAGAUUGUAACCAGCUGGCUGCUGAGGCGGCUCUGAAGCGGCCAUAGGAAGAUGUAAAGCAUUUGUGUUAUGGCAUUUUCUAUGUCAUCCUGCUCUUUUCCCCAUAGGGAAUAGGAUUACUUAAUCCAGCACCUUCCACUGGUUGAUGUUUGAGAGCCAGUGCCUGUAGGGAAUGGGGAAGAUUGAACGUGCUCUUUCAUUCUGCUAUUGCUGUGUACCAUUGAAUGAGUCCAAGGCACUUCUGGAAUUACCCAUUUGUAAUUCUUCUUGUAAUUUAAUCUUUGAAUCAUUGUCCAUUUGCUGAAUAAUGCCAAUUAUAUUUUUGUUUGCUUAAUUAUCCAU